AUGAAGAACUGGAGUCAGACUAUAUUGCUACUUGCAAUUCUCUUCAUUGCUACCACCUAUGCACAUUAUGACAGUCAUGCUGAAAAGAUAGCUCAGAAUCCAGACUAUCCUCAUUAUUUAGAGAGAUUAAAAGCUAUCCCAAUAUCAUGUGCUCUCUGCACUGUUGGUGCCGAUAUAUUAAGCGAUCUUUUACAAGUACGUAGUCUUGUCAACGACGAUUCGAAUCGGGAAUUCAAAAACACAUUGAAAUACAAUGAAAAGAGAGAAAGAGAAAGAGAAAGAGAGAGGGAAAUGAUCAACAGUACUCAAAAAAAUGCAUCAACUACCAUAGUUGUCAAUACAACCAUUGAUUUGUGUAUUGCUUUCAAGAUUGAAUUACCAGAUGUCUGUCAUGGAGUAAUGAAUACAUUUGUACCAAUUAUUUGGGAUGUAAUUGUUACAGACAAUAUCAAUCCAAUGACAUUGUGCGAACUUUUCAGAAUAUGUCAACCAAAUAGCACUGCCACUGAACAACAUAACCAAUUCCACAACAACAACAAUAACAAUAUGAACACAUUUUCAAAUUUAGAUCUCGUCAAGACGUUGGAAGAGAAGCCUGUCCAUACGUACCCAGACAUUUCUGCCCAAAAGCCCAUUCGAGAGGGCAACACAACAUUCAAGGGCAAGGGUUACUUUUUGCAGUUGGCCGACAUCCAUUUCGACGCCUACUAUCUUGAAGGAUCCAAUCCAAAUUGUGGCAAGCCACUCUGUUGCCGCGACGGCACUGGUGACGCUGGCUUUUAUGGUCACUACCAAUGCGACAUUCCAUUGGUCACUGUCAAGACCAUGUUUGAGCGUAUUGUAGAACUCACUCAGACACUCCCCAUCGAUCUCAUCCUCUGGACGGGCGACUCGCCCCCACACGAUGUGUGGAUGCAGACCGAGGAGAAGCAGACCACCGCCACACAGACACUCACCGAGCUUGUCCACCUCUUCUUCCCAGACACGAUCGUUUUCCCAGCCAUUGGCAACCACGAGUCGUACCCAGCCGACCAGUUUAUCCUACCAGACAAGCAAUGGCUUUUGAACGACCUCUCCACCUUUUGGGCACCAUUCCUCGGUGGUGAACAACUCGACACUGUCCAACAACAAGGUUACUACACUCUGUUGAUUCAACAAGGUCUACGUAUCAUCUCGCUCAACACUCAGGACGCCGAUUUGAUCAAUUUCUACAACCUCAUGAACGAAAGCAACAUGAACAAGCCCAACAACCAAACCGAGUGGCUCUCCAACAUGCUCGCUCAAUCGGCCAGCAACUCUGAAAAGGUCAUUAUCAUUGGACAUAUCCCAUGCACGCUCAAGGCUGCUGUCAACGAUGUCUGGUGCUCCAUCUAUCAACGUCUUGUCGAACAGUACUCUGGCACUAUUGUCGGCCAGAUCUACGGUCACACUCACGACGAUCAAUUGGCUAUCCUCACCGACAUGGAGACCUACACCAAGCCAACUGGUGUCCAAUUCAUUGCACCAUCACUCACCACCUACCAAAACCACGAGCCAGGCUUCCGUAUCUAUGAGUUUGACUAUGACACUAACCAAAUCACCGACUACUACCAAUACCAUUGUAAUAUCACCGAGGCCAACCUUACAGGCAACCUCACUUUUUCUCUCACCUACCAAGCCAAGGAAAUGUAUGGCCUCUCUGACAUGUCUCCACAAUCGUGGUUCCAAGUUGCCACCCAAAUGAAGACAGACUCUACCGUUUUUAACAAGUACUACUCUCACUUGUCUAGUUCACCAAAUCCACUCAAACCAUGUGACGCCGAUUGUCAAUAUUCUAUGGCUUGUGAAAUAUUUAGUGUUACCUCUCAUGCUUUUGAUAAUUGUGUAAACAUUCAAAAGAAUAAAAAAUAA